GAUCCACAAGCAAAAGUGACAGGAAGAACUAACGAAAAUGAUUUCAGUACGGUUUUUGAGCCAGUUCUUGAAGACUUCAAUAAUAUUGUAGAAUUGAUUAUUUUAUCCUAAAACAAUAGAAAUUAGUAGGUAUGCAAUAAAAUUGUUUUUAGCCCCAAUCAAAACCAACCUUGACAAAGAUUCCCACUGCAAACAUGGAUAAUGCUGAUGAACAGAUACCAUCUCCUUUGGCAGUUUUAAUUAAAGAGGAACCGAACAAUGAUAUUUUCGCGGUCGAGGUUUGUCUAAAGGAAGAACCCGAUUCGAGUCUUUCAGAAGACGACCAGGACCCAAUCCCUGUUGCAUCCAGUCGGCAGCAAGAACAUGGGAAGGAUCUGUGCAGCUUUUGCCUGAAGGUCCUAGUCGCGGAUAAACGAGUACAGUUCGCUCCCGGCAGGGAUUCGGUGCAACGCAAAAAGAUUGAAUUCGCACUGUCGAUAGAGCUAAGUGGGGAACCUGAGUGCUGCUAUAGUUGCUGGCAAAUGAUUGAGCUGUUUAAUAAUUUUAAACGGUCUUGCUAUAUGGCAUUGUUUAAACCGGAAGAGCUUCUCGGGAAGACUACUCCCGCUUUGGGAUCUUUUACGAUUGUAAAGGCGACAGCGUCAGAAGGGACCCCGCAGCAGUCGGCUACAGAAGAAUUUUCCAUCGCAAAAUUAGCUCAGGAAGUGCAAUCUUUGUCCGAGGAAACGAAACUGUUCGGAUGUAAGCAAUGUGGUAAACAAUUUGUUGAAAUGCUAAGUCUUACGAAACACAAGAAUAAAUGCAACAAGUUGAAAUUGGGAAAGGAAUCGUGCCAUCUGUGUCCUACCAUUUGUAGAAAUCGUUCCGAGCUGCGGACCCAUGUGCGUUCUCAUAGUGGUGAAAAACCUUUCAAGUGUCAAACGGAAGGCUGCAACAAAUCGUUCUUCUAUAAGGAGGUGUGUAACGUACACGAACAAAAGUGUGGCAAAACGAAAUAUUUUGAGCCAGUGAAAUGUAAGCAUUGUGAUACAAUGCUGACAUCCGCUAAGCAUGUUCGAGCUCAUACACAAGUUCAUAAAGAACCAAGUUUUGAGUGUAAAAUUUGCAAAAGGAAGUUUAUUCAAAGGAAUCGGUUGAAAACGCAUUGGACAACUCAUUUUCGGAAUGAAAUUGAAGCUGCCUACCCUGAGUCAAAUAAUCUAGACAUAACGGAAGGUGCAGAAGGUCAGAUUGCCACUGAUCAUGAACGACCUGAUGACGAUACAUCGCCCAUGGUCGCUGUGAAUCAAAGCUCCAACGAAGCUCCUGACAAUAAAGUUCAUGUUUGCGAUUGGUGUGGUAGGUUUUUCUUGGGAAAAAGGGGUCUAGCAACACACAAAAUCCGUUGCACACGUCCGAAUAAACCACACUUUACAAACAGCACGGGCAAGUGCCCGCAUUGUCCAGCAGUAUUUAACGAUCAGCAGUCGUAUCAGUACCACGUAGAUCGGCAUAACGGUAUAAGAUCCGCGUUGUGCCGCAAUGAAGGAUGCACCAAGGCUUAUUUCAACGUCAGGGCCCGCUAUCAUCACGAACAAACGUGCGGUAAGAAUAGUCGUUUUAUUUGUAAUGUUUGUGGCGCCUCUCUUAAAACCGAAGGUUCACUCCGUAUACAUAUGGCCAACCAUGGGGAUCCUCAGUUCACGUGUACGACUUGCGCCAAGAAGUUCCAUACUCGGGCUGCUCUUAAAAAACAUUUGUCUGUUCAUUCGGACGAACGAAAACACGAGUGCAAGGUGUGCGGCAAAAAAUUUAAAUCUCACGAGGCCAACCGAGUUCAUCAACGGAUUCAUACGCAGGAAAAGCCUUAUGCUUGCCAUAUCUGCGAUCAACGGUUUACCUACAAUUGUUUGCUCAAAACGCAUCUACAGAAGGGUCACGGAGAGACGGUGGUUCCCAAUAGAACCAAUAGUAGAAGUAGAUAAGUGAACUAGUUUUCAAACGAUCGGUAAUGAAUAUACAGUGUUAUGUCGUCAGUGGAAGAAUUUGGCUUGCUGCUCAA